UCCAGCCUGACCCGACGGACGACUAGCCCCUCGGAAUAAGACCCGGCGCAAUAUCCCCUCCGCCCAUUGCCGAAAUUCGCCUGCUGAGCCUGAGCUAGCUGCCAGUUGCAUAUAUAUUCCUUGGAUGUCCCCCACAUCCCCGCAGACGAUACGAUACGAGAUAACUUUUUCAUUCGCGGUUUACGCAGACCUCGCUAUAGCUAGCUCGCUCCUCCUCCCCCUUCCCGAUCUACCUGCGGGAUUGGAAAUGAAAAGUGUGUUUUUUGGACUGUACACAUAGCAAUCCUCUAUAACUCCAGCUCAGCUCGUCUAUCAGAGAUCGAUCAAUGAAGGCGACGAUGGCGGACGAAUACUCGCCUGUUCACGAGGCGGGUCGUAUCUUCAGGUACCUGUGCGAUCAGGCCGAGCGUCUGAGUCUGCCUGCUGAGGUGGCGGAGGGGAAAGAUGCCGUGCUGUUCUCGUCUACUCAUGACCAGAUUUACUACCCGAUUCCGUUCAAGGAGACCGAGACCUUGGCGGCAUUGAAGGGUGUCGAGGGGCUGGUGGCCGGUGCGAUUGCGGAUCUGGGAUACGGACCGUCUGCGCAAAAGCGCCACGUGAGGAUCAGCCUGGAGCGGGCCACGGCAUUUGGGUGCCAGGCGUACAUGGCCAAGGUGGAUGGGCUAUCAAAGUUAGACCCUGAGGUCAAGAAGAAGCUGAAAGACACGGACUUGCUCGCAGCCCAGUCGAAUGGCUACCGUCGCAUGUCCGCGAAUCUCUAUAAGACCAGGAACCCGCACGAGUUCUUCCACAUCCACGGCUCGUUGGAGGCCACGACAACGCUCAACAUGAUCGGCUUGGAAGGGCAGCGGCCGGAUUUAUCGGAUUACGAAGAGAUCAUUCAAGUGAUCGAGGGCCAGGUGCAGAAGUUCAGUGCGGCGGAGUUGGAGGAGAUGAAUAAGGAGAGGAGACAGGCCGGGGUGACGGCUUUCAAGUAUGAAGAUUUCGUCAAAACGCCACAUGGUAAACUCAACGUGCAGGAGCCCCCGUGGAAGGUCACCCGCUUGAGCGGCAAUCUACCCCCGACGCCCUUCCCUGCUAGCCGCAGCGGAGGCAAGAGGAUCCUGGAGGGAGUCAAGGUCCUAGAGCUCUGCCGUAUCAUCGCUGGUCCUACCAUUGCGCGUAUCCUGGCAGAGUACGGAGCGGAUGUCUUGAAGAUUACCAGCCCCAGUCUGUCCGACGUGCCUUUCUUCCAAGUGGAUGGUAACAUGGGCAAGCACGCUGCGGACCUGGAUCUGAAGUCCGAAGAAGGGCGCCGGCAGUUCGAAGAGCUGCUGGCCGACGCAGAUGUCCUCGUGGAUGGAUACCGGCCGGGAGCCCUUGAGAAGCUGGGAUACGGACCCGACGCGCUGGCAGCUCUUGGAGAAAAGCGCGGAAAGGGCUACGUCUACGUGAACGAGAACUGUUUUGGAUACGAGGGAGAAUGGGCCGGUCGUCCCGGCUGGCAGCAGAUCGCGGACUGCGUGACGGGGAUCGCCUGGGCCCAGGGAGAAUUCAUGGGUCUCUCAACGCCCGUGGUGCCCCCGUUCCCCAUCUCCGACUACGGCACCGGCUGCAUGGGCGCGAUUGCCGCGCUGACCGGUCUCUACCACCGCGCCAACCAGGGCGGCUCGUACCACGCCAAGGCGUCCUUGAUGCACUACGAUCUCCUCCUCUUCGCCGUGGGCAAGUACUCGGAUGCCGUGCAGGACAAGAUGCGCGCCGCGCAGCCGGCGGAUUUCUUCAACUUGCGUCACUGCGACAGUGUCGACCGCAUCUCGUCCACCGUGCUGAAGAUCAUGCAGCGUGGCUUCCCGCAUCUGUACGAGGGCCCCGGUGGUCCCGCCGCACUCACGGAGACCUGGUUCUCCCACGCCUACAACGCCGACAUCGAGGUGGUCCGCCCCAUUGCGGACAUCGAUGGCGUCGAUAACCGGUUCUUCCGCGCCAGUCGACCGAAUGGAGCAGAUCGCGCGAGCUGGGAGGAUUUCGCCAAGGAUGAGCCGGAUGUCAGAAAGGCUUAGUAGAUUGAAGAUUCUUGAGAUGAUUCUUAGACUAUACGGUGGUUAUACUGAGCUUUAGCCCAUAUCAGUAAAUACUAAAUCCGACCCUGAACCUUAUGCUAC